UUAGCGACUUGCUUGGUGUUAUAUGAAGACUUGGUAGUAGGAGGGGGUACGAUUACUUGACAAGAGAGGGGACUCGGAGAAGUAGGGAUAAGAGUAUGCAUACACGGAACCCUAGAUUUCUGAUACUUAGACGAUGCGCGCUUCACAAGUAAACAGAUAAGGUCGCGUAGGAGCUGUCCAUUCGCUCUCGAUAAAGCCACAAAAACCCGAGCCAUGGUCCCGAGUGUAAUUGCACAAGAUCUUCCACGAGCCAGCAAGAUACGCGGCCUUUCUGGAUAUGUACAAGUACGUGGAGUUGACUUUGAGAAAAUACGAAAUCCUUGGGGCGGAGUUGCGGCAAAAAGUCGUUUCCCGUCGUGGGGGGUACCUGUCCUGUAGAUGCAGUGAUCACAGGUGUUAUCACAGCCAGAAUGGCACCUACGGAUACAGGCCAAAGCCGAGGAAAUACUUCCAAGUGGCGAAGGAAAAUCUGGAGGCGAGGGCUAAGCACAGCAAUUUUUACAGGCUCGUUACAGCGUACAGAGAGCAUGCUCAUAAACGAGCUACCGUGAAUCCAGUGUCCACUGACAAGCCGGAUUUUCUCACGGAAUUAUUACCCGAGAAAUUCGGGCUGGAUCCAAGUGAUAAUGUCUCCUUCAAGGGGAUUUUGCUCGCCGAUAAAGAGAGUGGAAGUGUAAAAGAGGCCGUUGAGAUGUUGAACAAAAUAUAUGCCUCUCGCAUAGGAACAGAAUUUAGCUACUUAGAGUCAGAGGAAGAGAGGGAAUGGUUUGCAGAAAAUAUUGAGAAAUGCUAUGAUGAGCCAUUGGGCGUCCAAACGAAACGCGCGAUCGCUCUGGAGAUGUUAAAAAGUCAAGCUUUGGACAAAUUUCUAGCCAUAAAAUUCGUAAGCUUCAAGAGAUACGGUGGCGAAGGAGCGGAAAGCAUGAUGGCGUUUUUCCAUGAGCUGUUCGAACUUUCCGCCCGCGAUACUCUGGGCCACAUCGUUCUCUGCAUGCCUCACCGAGGUCGGUUAGAUUUCUUAACGGGGAUGUUAAAAUUCCCUCCAGAAAUGUUGUUCCACAAACUGCGAGGUCUAUCGGAGUUUCCCGACGAGGCCAAGGCUUCGGGAGACGUUACUAGCCACUUCACGUCGUCCGUUGAUCUACAGAAAAAUAAUAAAAAUCUGCACGUAACAAUGCUCUACAAUCCUUCCCACUUGGAGGCUGUCAAUCCAGUAUCCAUGGGCAAAACGAGAGGAACCAUGCAAGCUCUCAAAGACGGGGCAUACUCGGAGGACCAAAACUCUCAAUGGAGUGACAAAGUCGUGAACGUCCAAGUACACGGCGAUGCUGCUUAUGCUGGCCAAGGAGUAAACCAAGAAUGUCUGGCUCUGAGUGGAGCUCCGCAUUUCGAGAUAGGUGGUACGAUUCACAUAGUUAUAAACAAUCAGUUGGGCUUCACGACCCCGCCAUCUAGAGGACGAUCGUCGAGGUACUGCACCGACAUCGCAAAAUCAAUUUGCGCUCCCGUUAUUCACGUAAACGGAGACGACCCAGAGAUGGUCGUCAGAGCAACCAGAGUUGCCUUUAGAUACCAAAGAAAAUUUCGGAAAGACGUCUUCGUGGAUCUGAAUUGCUUUAGACGGUGGGGCCACAAUGAGCUCGAUGAUCCCACUUUCACGAAUCCUGAAAUUUAUAAAAUUAUUCACAAUCGUCCAUCGGUACCCGACAGUUACUUGAGUAAAUUAAUAAAAGAAAAAGUCCUUUCGGAGGCUGAAGGACUUUCCAUGACGGAGGAGCAUACAGCAAAGCUGUUCAAGGCUUUAAAGGAAAUUGACAACUACACACCUAAGGCAACUUACCUCAGUGGAAAGUGGCUCGGCAUAAAACAAGCCGAAUCGUCAAUCACUACCUGGGACACUGGAGUAGAUUUGCAGCUCCUGAAAUUCGUUGCUACGAAAAGUGUUUCCUUUCCGGAUGACUUGAACGUUCACCCACAACUGCUGAAGAGUCAUGUACAAAGUAGGUUGAAUAAAAUCGAAGAUGGAAAUAGACUGGACUGGUCCACUGCAGAGGCAUUGGCAUUUGGAAGUCUGCUCUAUCAAGGAUAUAACGUGAGAAUCAGUGGCCAGGAUGUCGGUCGUGGGACGUUUUCCCAGAGGCACACAAUGCUUGUCGACCAAACUACGGGAGAGAUUUUCAUACCUUUAAAUGAGAUGGUGAAGGACCAGGUGGGGAAGAUAGAAAUUGCCAACAGUAUUUUAUCGGAGGAAGCAGUUCUCGGAUUUGAAUAUGGCCUGAGUAUAGAAUCGCCGACAACCUUGCCGAUUUGGGAAGCUCAAUUCGGUGAUUUUUGUAAUGGUGCACAGAUCAUUAUAGACACGUUUGUCACCAGUGGUGAGACGAAAUGGAUGACCAGCAGUGGAUUGACCCUGCUUCUUCCUCAUGGAUAUGAUGGUGCAGGUCCUGAUCACAGUUCCUCCAGGUUCGAAAGGUUCUUACAGCUCAGUGAUAGCAGAGAAGACAGGCCUGAUGGAGAUGACGUGAACAUACAAGUAGUCAACCCCACCACACCUGCACAGUAUUUCCAUUUGCUUAGGCGACAGAUGAUCAGGAACUUCAGGAAGCCAUUGAUAAUUGUCGGCCCUAAGAUCCUUCUUCGACAUCGUGCUGCGACUUCGACCUUGACAGAAAUGUGCCCAGGAAACCGUUUUAAAAAUGUUAUAGGAGAUGAAACGGCAGAUGAGACGUCUGUAACAAAAGUGAUACUGGUUACUGGGAAACAUUAUUAUGCACUCGAUGAAGCAAGAAAGGCUCAAAAGAUUAAAAAUGUUGCAAUCGUGAGAUUGGAGUGCUUAUGUCCUUUCCCGUUUCUGGAGCUGCAUGAAGAAAUUCAAAAGUACAAACAUGCACAUGUUUUCGUGUGGAGUCAGGAGGAACCACAAAAUAUGGGAGCAUGGACUUUUAUAAAACCACGAUUUGAAAAUUUAUGUGGAAAACGGUUGAAGUAUUGCGGUCGCGAGCCGUUAGCCGCGAGUGCCGUUGGAAUAGGCUAUAUACACCAAAAAGAAGCUCAAGAAAUUGUAUCUAAGCCAUUUACGAUCAACUCGUGACCGUCAGAUGUACGUAUGACUUUUUCUAAAAAUGUUAUGUAUUAAUUUUCAUGUGCACCUGUGUGUAAUUAAAAGUAAUAAAUCGGGCACAGCAA